AAAACUUCACAAGGUUUUUGCUUGUUGCAGUGUCCGUUUAGAAACUCGCGUGUUGUAGCAGAACGAGAACUCAAGAUAUAAUUAUGCUGCGGUUUCUAGUUUGUGCCUUUUUUGCCCUCCUCGGAGGAGCAGUGAUUGCAUCAAAUCAAAUUUACGACUCUAACAAGGACCCCUACGCUUUUGAAGGACUAAUCAACGAAACCAUUGAGGGUAUCAGAGAUGACCUGCCGGAACCUAUAGUCAUUGAAAAUCUGACAAUCACGGUCCCAGAAGAUAUUGACAUACUUACAGGAAGUGCAGAUUUGUCUAAUCUUGAAAUAUCAGGAGUCAAAGCUUUUCAAGUACCAGCUUUGAGUUUUACUCUUGUUGGAAUGCGACUUAACUUCACUUUCGUUCUCCCAUCUCUUAAUAUAAACACUGACUACUGGGGCGAUCUUGUUCUGCUGGAUUUGGUGCCCAUUUAUGGCGACGGUAAAGCAAACAUCCAUUUGGAAGAUCUUGAAAUUGUAGGCAGUGCUCAAGCGUCGCUUAGUGGAGGAAUUUCUGUCAGCGGUCUUCGCAUUCAAGUGUACCUAGGAGCAUCUACCUUUGAUAUUCAUGGUGCUCUUGACAACGAAGACUUUAGUGCUAUUCUCAGCGAAUUAUUGAAUGAUGCAGUGACAUCUCUGAUUGAUAACCAUCAAGAGGCAAUUUCAAAUAUUGUUAGCCCUAUUGUUGAAGAACUUCUGAACGCAAUUCUUGCUGGCGCCAAUACUGACACUACUGCAGCUCCCGCACGUGCAACUGCCCCUGUUGCAAAGGUCUAAUAAUUUGAAUUGGGAGACUAGACACAAUUUUGUCUAUUUCACAACUCUUAUAAAACAAAUUGUUUUACAUAUUAAAUAAAUAUCUUAAAACAA